CCCGUGGUAUCCCGACGGCAUGGCCUACCACCUGACGACCUCGCGCCAGUUUAUCCGCAAACAUGCGGGUCUUUCCCAGCUCCAUGAUGCUUUGGUCAUGCAAAGUGAACAGGGUAAUAUCAGUCGCCAAGAAGCCGUUUCGAUGAUCCCGCCGCUCCUUCUCGAUGUCAAGCCCAAUCAGCGUGUUCUGGACAUGUGUGCCGCCCCGGGCUCCAAGACUGCCCAGAUCAUUGAAGGCGUGUCUGCCACCGACGAGACCGUUCCUCGUGGUCUUGUCGUGGCCAAUGACGCCGAUUCCAAGCGCUGCUACAUGCUGGUGCACCAAAGCAAGCGUCUCCAGUCGCCCGUUUUCAUGGUGGUGAAUCAAGAUGCCAGCAUCUUUCCGGCCCUCUUCCUGGACUCCAAGGGUGGAAACAGUCGUCGUCGCAAGUUGAAGUUUGACCGCGUCUUGGCCGACGUGCCUUGCUCUGGUGAUGGUACCAUGCGCAAGAACCCCGGCAUUUGGCGCAAGUGGAACCCCUUUGAUGCCACUGGUCUGCAUCCCUUGCAGUACCGCAUCCUGCGUCGUGGCAUCCAGCUUCUUGAAGAUGGUGGUUUGAUCGUGUACUCAACCUGCUCGCUCAACCCAAUUGAGAACGAGGCUGUUGUGGCAGAGGCACUUCGCCAACACGAAGGCCUGGUGGAGCUCGUGGAUGUCUCGGAUCAACUUCCGGGCUUGGUGCGCGAUCCAGGCAUGACUUCAUGGAAGUUGAUGGAUAGGGAUUGCAACUGGUAUUCUUCCACAAGUGAGAUGCGCCCGGAUUUGCGCAAGCGUUUUCCCGACAGCAUGAACCCUCCUACCGCUGAAGAAGCUGCCAAGUUCCACCUUGAACGCUGCCUGCGUCUCCUGCCGCACGCCCAGGACACGGGUGGCUUUUUUGUGGCCGUGCUGCGCAAGAAGGGCGCUGCCUCCGAGGAGGGUUCAUCCACUGCUCGUGGCUCGCCGACCCCCGAUGCCGAAGAGAAUGCCAGUUCUUCGGAACCCGCCAAGGGCCAACGUCCUUACUCAGAGGAGCCCUAUUGUUUCCUGGAUCAAGACGCUGAACGCGAGAGCAUGAUGGCAAAUAUCCGCGAAUUCUACGGUCUGGCUGACGACUUCCCGUGGCAUCUGGUCAUGCUGCGAGGUCAGACGAGUGGCAAGAACCGCCAUCUCUAUGUCGUGUCUGAGGUCACGCGCCACCUCAUUGAGCACAAUGAGGAUCGUGGCAUCCGGAUCGUGAACACUGGUGUCAAGGUGAUGACACGCACGGACUCGUCCAGCAACACAUGCCCCUAUCGCCUCUGCCAAAGCGGCCUGUCCACGCUGCUGCCGUUUGUGACCAAGCGUGUUUUUGAGGCCACGGCUGAGGAUCUGUUUGCCAUCCUGCGCGAUGAUGCGCCAUCCAUCUUCAAGCUGUCUCCCAAGCUGAUGCAGAACUUUGGUGACUGCGCGGAUGGAGCUGUGGCUUUGGUUUUGCGCGCUGGAGAGCUCAACAUGCGUGGACAGCCGUCAGCCUGCGAUGUCGUGUUGGCUGCCUGGC